AUGGUAAAAAUUAUAAGUAGCCAAGCAGAUUUUGAAGAUAUAAUUUCUCAAAACGAUGUAGUUAUUGUUGAUUUUUUUGCUGAAUGGUGUGGACCCUGUAAAAGAAUAGCUCCUUUUUACGAGGAAUGUUCAGAAAAAUAUAAAAAUAUUGUUUUUAUAAAAGUAGAUGUAGAUGAAGCAUCAGAAGUAACUGAAAAAGAAAAUAUAACAUCAAUGCCAACAUUUAAAGUUUAUAAAAAAGGAGUUUCUGUAGAAACUUUAUUAGGAGCAAAUGAUACAGCUUUAAAACAGCUAAUUGAAAAAUAUGCAGCUUAA